CCACAUACAGGCAGGUGCCUCAGUGGAGAAAGCCCUGUGUCCUCACAGUGAGGCACAGCUCCCACCAGGGACAGAGGGAAGGUGGUUGCUCUUUGGGGAAGGGGCACUGUUAGGACUAAAAGAUGACCAUGACCCAACUCAGCUUCCUGCUGUUUCUCAUCGUGGCCACCAGAGGAUGCACCGCAGCUCAAAAGAACCUGGAUACCAAUAGACAGGCCAAUCCUGUGUCUUCCUCUCUGUUCAGAAGCUGCAAGGAAAUCAAACAGGAGAUGAACAGGGCAGCAGACGGCCUCUAUUUCCUCCGCACUGAGAAUGGUGUCAUCUACCAGACCUUCUGUGACAUGACCACUGCAGGUGGUGGCUGGACCCUGGUGGCUAGUGUGCAUGAGAACAACAUGUAUGGGAAGUGCACAGUGGGCGAUCGCUGGUCCAGUCAGCAAGGAAACAGAAUAGACAGCCCAGAGGGCGAUGGCAACUGGGCCAACUACAACACCUUUGGGUUUGCAGAGGGCGCCACAAGUGAUGACUACAAGAACCCUGGCUACUUUGACAUCCAGGCUGAGAACCUGGGGAUCUGGCACGUGCCCAACAAUAGCCCCCUGCAAAAUUGGAGGAACAGCUCCCUGCUGAGAUACCGCACCUUCACUGGCUUCCUGAGUCACAUGGGCCAUAAUCUGUUUGGCCUGUACCAGAGAUACCCAGUGAAAUACGGAGCAGGGAAGUGUUGGACUGACAAUGGCCCAGCAUUACCUGUGGUUUAUGACUUCGGUGAUGCUCAGAAGACAGCCUCUUAUUACUCCCCCAAUGGCCAGAAAGAAUUCACGGCAGGAUUUGUUCAGUUCAGAGUGUUCAAUAAUGAGAGAGCAGCCAAUGCCUUGUGUGCUGGUAUGAAGGUCACUGGAUGCAAUACUGAAAUUCACUGCAUUGGUGGCGGAGGAUUCUUCCCAGAAGGAAACCCUCGGCAGUGUGGAGACUUCUCGGCAUUUGAUUGGAGUGGAUAUGGAACGCACAUUGCAUACAGCAGUAGCCGGGAGAUAACUGAAGCAGCUGUGCUUCUGUUCUACCGUUGAGAACUUUGUGCCGUGGGACCCAGACUUCUCCAGUCUGUGGACUCACAUGUAUGGGGGAAAUCUUACCUAGGUAUUAGAAUGCCAAUGGCACGGGAAAGGAAAUAAAUCAUGUUGAUUGCA